AUGGGCUCGUAUAGCACUCCCAUCUACGACCAAGAAAUCCACACCAUCCACAUUCCCGAAGAUGUCCGCAAAUCCGGCCAGCCGUCGCUGGAACUUGUCGCGGAAGCCGCUGCGUUUCUGCACAAAGACGGCAUCAUCGUCCUUGACAAUGCCAUCGAUACAGCACACCUCGAUACGUUGAACUCCAAACUAGCGCCCGAGGCGUUCGAGAUUGCCAACGACCCGGACCACCACUUCAACUUCGGCAAGAACACCCGCAACAUGGACCAGGCGCCGCCGCCAACAAAGGCACUCAUGUUCAAGGACGUAUGGUGCAACCCGUUCGCCGCCGCAGUGCUGGCUGCCCUCCUGGGCCCACGGCCAGUCAUCCACUACGCCAACGGCAACACGGCGCUCAAGGCCACCGCCGAAGGCCGCCAGCCGGUGCAUUCGGACUGCGAGUUCGCGCAUCCGGCGUACUUCCCAUUCGCGUAUGUCGUCAACAUCAACCUGGUGGACGUGACGGCGCAGAACGGUGGGACCGAAGUCUGGGUAGGCUCGCACCACGUCAGUGUACAAGAAGCGCACGACCGCCAGCCAGGCGAGGAGGCGCUCACCAUCAGGCCGGAGCUGCUGGAACAGCGGCGCAAGCAUUCGCCGCCCAUCCAGGCCUGCACGAAGCGUGGCAGUCUGGUCAUUCGCGACCUGAGGCUGUGGCAUGCCGGCAUGCCGAAUCUGACGGAGGAGCCGCGCGUCAUGCUGGCCUUUGUCGCCUCGCCUGCCUGGUGGCAGGGGCGGAGUAGGAUUGUGCUUCCUCUCGACGUCAAGGAUAUGGUGGAGAGCUGGUCUGAAGAGUUGACCUUCCCCGCUAAGUAUGUCGAUGGUGAGGUUGAUCACAAGAAACUGAGUAGCUCGGAUGUCGAUUUCGAUUCUGGGAGUGACGUGCUCGGUCGCUACAGGACCGAGUUGAGUCGUUGGCCUGAUUAUGUGCCGCGAUGGUAUUGA